GUGACGCACUCAGCCUCAAACUGUGGACAUUCAAACCCGGAAGUUGGGAGUUUAUUUUUGGCCAAAUUAUGUCUUAAUCGCAAUAAAUCCAGAAAUACAUUAACGGUAGUCAUUUUAUGGUAGCCCGAAGGAAAAGGACAAUAUGAAACGUCGUUUCGUAAGUUUGGGUGUCGCUGCUAAGUGCUGAAUUUGUACGAAGGCUAUAAAAUAUGGAUAGACAAGACGAGAACUCAUACACGAAUAACCUUAUUGGGACUCUGCUGGCUAUUUUUGGACACGUGCUUGUCAGCAUCUCCUUGAAUAUUCAGAAAUACGGUCAUGUAAACAUUGUGGGAGCAAAGGACCUGCGUGUGUUCUACCGCACCAAAACCUGGUGGUUUGGUUUUUUCCUCACCUCUCUGGGCGAAGGAGCCAACUUUGUUUCGUACGCCUUCGCCCCACUCAGUCUUAUAGCGCCUCUCAAUGCUGUCUCCAUGCUCACAAGCUUCAUUUUGGCUUUUAUUUUCAUGCCUGAGAAAUCCGGGUCGAAGGACUUUGCAAGGCGUUAUGGGCUGUCCUUCCUGGGUGCUGCCCUCGCCAUCGGAGGGGUGUACCUCUUUGUGGCCUUUGGACCCAACUGGCAUGAAAAGCUGACAGCGGAAAUUGUUGUGGGACACCUUGUCGGAUGGCCCGUUCUCCUGUAUCUGGUGCUGGAGGUCAUCACAUUCUGCCUGCUUUUAUAUUUUUACAAAGAGAGAAAUGCAAACUACCUCAUCAUCGUCCUGCUUCUGGUUGCUUUGCUUGGUUCAGUCACAGUCAUUACAGUGAAGGCCGUGUCCAACAUGCUGGUUUUAACCAUGGAAGGCUCCAUGCAGCUGGACUACCCCAUCUUCAGUGUCAUGUUUGUGUGCAUGGUGGCGACAGUCAUCUUCCAAGCCAGGUUUCUCUCCCAAGCUUGCAAGUUGUACGACGCAUGCCUCAUCGCCAGCAUGAACUACAUCCUCUCCACCAUUUUUGCUGUAUUAGCAGGAGCUGUGUUUUACUUGGAGUUUAAGAAUGAAGAUGUCCUUCACAUCAGCAUGUUCUUGUUGGGGACUGCCGCAUGCUUCUUGGGGGUCUUCCUCAUCACCAAAAACAGGAAGAGGAGCAAGACCUUUGAGCCUUAUGUCACCAUAAAUAUGAGUAAUGGUGUCCCGACCAUUCACAAUACAAGUCCGGAGGUCCCGCCUGACUUCAGCGGCACUUUCUCUUAUGGUGCUCUGGUCAACGACUCAACGUCUUCUACUCAUCAGCCUGUCAACGUGGAGCAACCCACCUCUAGCACGAGACCCACGGGAGUGGCUAACGAGGCCCCUGACGGGAAGGAAGAUUAGCACUUGAAAGGGUCAAACCGUUUUUUUCCUGCUCAUAAGGACAAGCUUGACAAGAUAUCUGAAUGCUGUCAGGUACAAUCAUGCUCAGGACCACCACAAACAAUCUUGAAGGUGCUGGAUUUGAAACUGGUACAAGUGAAUGUGGAAAUAAUACUUGAUACUUAAUUGCAUCCAAGAUUUUUGCCUUUAGCUUUUGCUAUAUAAGAAGACACUCUACUGUUAAGUGUGUACUCUUAUGCCUCACUUCUACCCCUUUUGCCAAAGAUUACUUUCUAAAUGCAGGUGUUCGUGUUAAUAAUUUCCCUUUAACACAGGGGUGUCAAACUCGUGCCAUGGAGGGCCGAGACACUGCAGGUUUUCUUUCCAGCCAGUCACUAAAGCAGGUGAUUUUAAUGAUCAACACCUUCAGUUUGAGGGAAGGAGCUCAUCAAUUAAAUCACCUGCUGAAGAAACUGGUUGGAGAGAAAACCUGCAGCGCAUCGGCCCUCCAGGGCACGAGUUUGACACAUGUGCUUUAACACAUCUCCAAAGAGCAGUGUUCACUCCAGGUUUGCCUUUUUUAGGGGGUUUGUAUUACUACCAUUUUGAAUGGGUCCAAAUAAUUGUUGAAAAUGCUUUAAUUUAUUGUAUUUAUUGAUUUUGAAGUUUGCUUUUAUUGUGCCUUGAAGAGUAGCACGACAUUGGAUAAAUGAAGACAAAGGUGCACUAUAUACUAAGCGGUAUCAAUAAAAAUACUCAAACAGUUAAAA